AUUCAUUUAGCUUCAUCGUAUCUGUGGUUUAUGAAAGUUAAUGAAAUUUUAACAUUACUUUUGAAAAUAAACAGGUAGAUUUAUGUAAGCAAUAACAAAUACACAAUAAUUAAUACAUUUUGAAAUUUAGUCGAUAACGUAUCUACCAUUGUUUCUACCUAAGAUGUCGUCUGUAGAACAUGUCUCCCGAGUUCGUCGAUUAUAUAAGCUGAUAUUUCGAGUACACCGAGCUUUGCCUCCGGAACUCAGAAUCAUGGGUGACAACUAUGCUAGAGAUGAAUUCAAGAGGCACAAGAAAUGCAAUCCUGAGGAAGCUAAAAUAUUCCUUAAUGAAUGGACGGAUUAUGCGAUAACAUUGGCUAAACAGAUGAAGCCCAUACAACAAGCUAAGAAAAAGAAAGUCGGGGAAUACUUAGACCCACAACUGUUGGAUCAUAUGACUGAUGAACAGCUUGUCCAGUUGUAUGAGCUACACAAAGCUGCCACAGAACCUAGCACAGAAGAACAAAGUAUACCAGAUAAGAAAUGAUUGUUGUAUUACCUAUUUUAUGUAGAUAAUUAUAAAGUUGUGUUUGGAUUGAGCAAAACAUGAAUUAUAGAAUUUCAUGGAGAUAUAUGAAUUAACAUAGUUCAUGUUAAUUUUGCCCACCAUUUUAGCUGUCUCCUGAUAAUUAAUAACUACUGACCUGUCUCGGCUUCACACGGUUGUAAUGCUGACAUGUUAUUUCUCCACUAUUUUGCGCAUACAUAUAAAUCAUUCUCUUCAGUCAUUCUAUAAGAUAUUUAAAAAAACUGUCUUGUGAAAGAUUUUAAGCAGCUUAAAUUUUUACAGAUAUAUGACAGAGAAAGUGACUUUGUUUUUUAUCAUGAAGUGAAUAUAAUUUUAAACAGAUAAUAAUAGGACACUGAAAUUAAAGUGAACACAUUUCAGUGUUCUGUCAAUUAUAUGACACUGGCAGACCCAGCAACCGUUGCUGUGGCUAAGGUUCUUGUUAUAUUACAUAUGGACAAAUAAUUUGCAAUAAAAAAAUAUUGUAACUAUAAAUUUAUUGAGAUGUAAGCCAUCUUUCAAGUUGGAUCAAAUUUAAAAUCUAUUUAGUAGCUUAGGAGUCCAUCACAAGCAAACAUGUGACACGAAACUUUUAUAUAUAAAGAUAACAUAACAGUAUUCUCUGUAGACCAACAUUGUGAUAUGGUUGAAGCAUUGACUUGGCAGCUGUUCUCCCACAGAUUUAUGUAUGCAUUAUAAAUUCACAUACACAUAAUGCGUGUAAUUGCUUUCAAUAGAUCCUCUCUUUCUCAGUGUACAAUCCAUAUUUAAGUUAAUCUAUAAUUCAUGUGUGGGAUUCUACAGAUGUUGAUAUAAAUGUUACAUGUAUUUGCCGGGUAGAAGGCCUAAUUCUAAUUUAAAUCAAAUUUCUGAAAUUAAUUCUAGUUCUUGCCUAUAUGUUACCAUUAUGUGGGAAGUAAUAUGAAGUAAAUCUGGACUGUGCUAUGUGAUAACAUAUUUUGUUCAAUCCAAGUUGAAGUGUAAAUCAUGAGACAAGUUAUGUACAGUUUUUGUUAUUUAUUGUGAUUUGCUUGUUGAUUGUGGAUUGUAAUGUAAAUAUGAUUAUUGUGUAUUUAAAUUAUUAUUUAGUUUUUUUAGUAUAUUGCUAAGUAUUUUAUAGAUAGUAGUUGUUGAAUUGAGAUAAAUAAUUAUGUGAGAAAAGCAUUGACUGUUAUUUUGAGUAAUAUAUUAAAAUAAAUGAAAAAUGGAAACAAAUAAAAGUGAAUAAAAUGAAUUGGUU